AUGACUACGGCGCAUCGAGCUCAAGUUGAUGACCAGACGGAAAAAAACUUGGUGUUUGAAGACGCACUGCAGUGUAUGAUGUCGUACCAUGGUGAUGAUUUGGGAUAUGAAGGAUAUGCAACAGAUAAACAAAACACGACUCUCCCAGAGUACGCCAAGAACUUAGCCAAGAAAUGUCAAGUGGUCGUAGAAACAAGAUCAAAAGGAUUUAAGAGAGGUCCACGAACGACAGAAGGAAACUUACCGCUAAAGACAGUAAAUGAGAACGCAAAACUGAAGAAUGCGAAGUUAGCGGCUAAGAAGGGUGGACCCUUUGUGAUCGAGCAUAUAGCAAACGCCAACGUGGCGAAGUUGAUUCUUCCGCGAGCGAUGCAGCGUCUGAAAUUCACGUUUAAUGUCGAGUUGUUAUCGCACUACCUGACGCACACAACAAAGUUUUCAAAUCACCCGAUUCCGAAGGCUGUGGCGAUAAUUUUGGAUGUUGAGACAGGUGAAGGUCUUUACGUCAUUGUGAAGCUACUAGCACGAAGGACCAGACGCAAGAAGCGUGAGUGGAUCGUGAAGUGGCAUGGAUUGUCUGAACACGAAGCACCAUGGAAAGGCGAAGCGAACAUCAAACCCGUUUCGCAUUGGCGUCAGCUCCCGGGUGGGUUUUAUUCGCCGCCAAGCCGAAGUCAACCCGAGGAAGAAGUCGUGCCUGCUCUGACCAGCAAGCUAGAGAGCACGGUCACAUAGGCCCCGCCUUGCUUGCUCGCAGCCGAGGCUGAAUGAGAAUGAAACUGCUGCAUUUGACGCCAAGCAGCUACAGUGAGCCUAAUUUUAGUUAGAUAAACAUGCAGGUACCAAUGAACACGGAAAAUGAAGCAGGAUAGGCAACAUAGGCGCAGAAGAGAAACAGAAACAAGCAGGAACCAUAAGUACUCUACGAGGAGGUAAGGAAGGCAUGCAUGUUAGGGACAACAAAAGCU